UCCAGAGGCAAGAGUGCACUGCAGGCCAGAGAACAACAUGACUUCGCUGAUAGACAACGCCAACAAUUCUGUUUUCCAAAACCCGCAAACUCAACUAUUACAGAACUGGGUGUUCUUAAACCUACCGAACGACAACCAAGUAAAUCAUCAAGUCAACCAGAACUUUCAGUCUUCCCUAUACACGGAUCCAUGGAGCCCAACGCCGCAAGCAAUCGAAGAGACAAGGGAGUUUAUCCAAGCAAUGGAAAAGGAGUUGAACAACAAUGAACCAAACUUCUUGGCCACACUCAGUGAAAUGGGUGUUACUACGGGUGGGCCAAACAUGAAUGGGAUAGUUUCCAACGAUCUGACAGACCAAUUCUCUCAACUUACAAUAUCAGCGUUUGAUCGCAAGCCUGGCAAGCGGCCUCCAAGUACUUACCUAUGCCACCUGUGUUUCACAAAAGGCCACUAUAUCAAAGACUGUCCACAGGCAAGGCCAAAAGGGGAAGGUUUGACCCCAUACCAGGGCAAAAAGCGGUGUUUUGGGGAAUACAAGUGUCCCAAGUGUAAGAGAAAGUGGAUGUCAGGCAAUAGCUGGGCCAACAUGGGACAGGAAUGCAUAAAGUGCCACAUCAAUGUAUAUCCACAUAAGCAGCGGCCUCUUGAAAAGCCAGAUGGUCUGGAUGUGUCUGACCAAAGUAAAGAGCACCCCCAACACCUGUGUGAGAAAUGCAAGAUGUUGGGAUACUAUUGUCGGCGUGUGCAGUGAAGUCUCCACUAUCCCCUUCUGUUAGGUAUUUUUCAAAGGACACAGAGAGAUUUGUGAAAAAACAAUACUAAUACGUGAGGGUAAUGAAUUAAUUUAAAUCAUUUUUCUGAGGACAGAGAUUCUGAAGAUUUACAGUACUAAGGGAGGGUAAUAUAUGUUACUAAGUGAGGGUAAUGAAUUAAUUUAAAUCAUUUUUCUGAGGACAGAGAUUCUGAAGAUUUACAGUACUAAGGGAGGGUAAUAUAUGUUACUAAGUGAGGUUCAUUUUGAGCAAAGAUGGAAGUUGAAAACUUAUUGACUUGUUUUAGCACAACAGAGAGAGAUGUCUUUAUAGCAAUAAGUGAGGGGCAUUUUAAUAAAAGGAAACAAAAUGAGGUGGGGAUAAUAGUAGUGACACAAUAUAAUGAUUUGCUUGGUGUACAUGUAUGUGAAUGAUAAAAAAUUAUGACAAAGGUAACUUUUCAAACAUAUUUUUGUGCAUGAAAUGCCUAAUAGAAACAUCUCUCUGGGGGGUGGGAUGGGGACAACAAAUUACUAAGUAAGCUCUUGAAACUAAAAAGUAGUAGUUUAGAAUGUUUGAAAUUUGAAUGUUUCUU